UAAGAAUAAAUCCUUUUGACAUGGCAGUAGCGGCUUCCUUUGAGACGAAUUUUCCUGGAUCAGUGCGAACUGCAAGGAAGCGGGUGAAAGAUUCGGAGCUGAAGAAUUAUGUGGCCGCAAAUACAGUUGCUUUGACUCCCCAGUAUAAAGAACAGAGGUUAGAGUUUGCAAGACAAUUUGUAGGAAGCCCAGACAACUUCUGGGAGAAUAUUAUAUUUUCGGAUGAAAAAAGUUUUCAGUCUUGCUCCGAUGCUUCUGUCCGUGUCUACCCACCAGAGAUUAUAAGCGCAGCGAUAGAUUCUCCAUUAACGUUUGGGCUUGGAUAAGCUGCCAAAGUCCUGAUGUUUGUUGUG